AGGGAAAAUAACCGAGGCCACCUUUUCCGUUCUCAUAACUGACACUGACUGGAGGAGAUAAAUUAGAAAGAAGAGAAGAGCCUGGUGUUUUCUCGGAAGGCGGAACAAAAAAGGGAAGCUUCAUUGAUCAUUUGUUGCUUCGGCUGUUCUCCGUCGGCGUUUUGUGUGUCGCUAAGUUGGUAUUUUCCCCCGUUUUGGCCGCUCGAACAAUCACUGAGCCAUUGACUGCUGAACACAGGAACCACAUUAUGCUCCAAAGUUGGAUCAAGCCAGUCGCAGCCUGCCUCUGAAAACGUCAGGUUGUUUUUGUUUCUUGGUUUGUUUUGUGUUUGUGUGUGUGUGAGAGUGUGAGAGAGAGAGGGUGUGUGUGUGUGUUUUUUUUUUAAUCCGAGGUCUCCGGGGCCUGCAGCUUUUAUGCAACAUCUCCCAGGGCGACAAAUGCCCUGCCCUGCAUCUCCAAAAUCCUCCAAUUUGCUGUGAUUGGCCAAUUCCAACCACGCAUACACCUUUUUAACUUAUUUAGUCUGUUUUUGUAAUUUUCUUAUUUGUAGACUGCUAUUAACUUAUUUUUGAACGGAAAUGUCAACUGCUCGGUUUGAUUCAGCUGAUCGGUCCGCCUGGUAUUUUGGACCCGUGUCACGACAAGAGGCACAGAAUAGGUUACAAGGACAGAGACAUGGCAUGUUUCUGGUUCGAGACUCGUCGACCUGCCCGGGCGACUACGUGCUGUCGGUGUCUGAAAACUCCAAAGUGUCUCACUAUAUCAUCAACUCUUUGCCGAGCAAGAGGUUUAAGAUAGGCGACCAAGAAUUCGAGCACCUUCCUGCCCUCCUGGAGUUCUACAAAAUCCACUACCUGGAUACGACCACGCUGAUAGAGCCAGCCCCCAGGUAUCCAAGCACAGUGAGUGUUCCCAUCCAGCCCAUUGGUGCCCCAGAGGAGAACUUGGAGUAUGUGCGGACUCUAUACGACUUCCUUGGCAACGAUGCAGAGGACCUUCCCUUCAAGAAGGGGGAGAUCCUUAUCAUCCUGGAUAAGCCAGAGGAGCAGUGGUGGAGCGCCAAGAGUAAAGACGGACGUAUCGGGAUGAUCCCUGUGCCCUACGUGGAGAAACUGGUACGACCUUCCCCUCACCCCGGCCAGCCUUCCCAUGGAUCUCGCAACUCCAACAGCUACGGUAUCCCAGAGCCCUCCCACGCCCUUGUCCACGCCUAUGCCCAGCCACAGACACCUUCGCCAUUGCCACCUGGCACACCUGGAGCUGUUAUCAACCCCCUACCGUCCACGCAGAACGGGCCCGUCAUGGCAAAGGCUAUCCAGAAGCGAGUGCCAUGCGCCUACGACAAAACAGCGCUUGCUCUAGAGGUUGGUGACAUCGUCAAGGUUACGAGGAUGAACAUCAGCGGUCAGUGGGAGGGAGAGGUGAACGGACGGAGGGGUCUCUUCCCAUUCACCCACGUCAAAAUCAUAGACCCCCAGAAUCCGGAUGAGAGUGACUGACCUAAGAGUUUCGACUGGACCCUCUCGCCAGUAUCGACCUGUACCUGAAUGUGCUGGCUGUCUCCAACCUUUCCCGCCAGUGUCACCACGGUUACGUGCUUGCCUGCUUGGGGCUGUACAAUGAUAGCGACCCCUCUGUUGUUGCCAACCGUUGCAAGGCUUUCUGACUGUUUACAGCUUUUGGACAUUGGAUCCAAACAAAAAAAAAACCUGACCCCACUUCUCCUACUUCCCCUUUCCUGUGUCUUGGUUCCAGGCUGGGCAGUGUUUUUGCAUUAGUGUCCAUCAGUGAGAGUGCAUGAGUGAGUGAGAGAGUGAGAGAGUGAGUGACUGUGUACGUGUGUGUGUGUGUGACACAGUAGAUA